AUGGCCGACCAGCCGCUGUUGAGUGCCCUGUGCAGCAUCUGCAACAACAACCCUCCCAAGUACCGGUGUCCAGGGUGCUCUGCCAGAACGUGCUCGCUCCCGUGCUACAAGCGGCAUCAGCAGCGGGCACAGUGCGAUGGCAAGCGGGAUCCGACCAAAUAUGUCAAGAAGAACAAGCUACACACGGCUGCUGGCGUUGACCAUGACUACAAUUUCAUUGCCGGCAUCGAGCGAGGACUCGACAAGGUCGACAGACUAAUGGAAGAGAGCAGCAUUGGCGCUGUUAACCGAAGUACCAAACUCCCAGGUAGGAAUAGUAAUUUUGAAAAACGCAUUCAAGAGGCAGGAGUCAUCAUCGAUAGGGCUCCUGCUGGGAUGAGCAGGGAGAAGAACAAUCGCACGCGUAUAUCCAAUAAGAGGGGCAAACACCUUAUCUGGACAGUGGAGUGGAUACACGAGGAUGAACGACGUCAACUAGGCGAGCUCUCUGAGAACGUGGCACUCUCUGAAGCCUAUAAAACCCUAGUAACGCAGCCGCCACAUCCCUCGAAGAAACGCAAAUUAGGACCAGAAGUUGACACGGCCGGCUCUAAACAACGAAGUGAUCAGCAAGACCCUGAUGCAGAUUCGAAAGAAACAGAGCUGAAAUCUGAGCCAAUCGAGGAAUCCGACCCCCAGCACCCCGGAGCACCAUCCGAAACUGGAGCAAUACCAUCCAUAGCUGGAGCAAUACCAACCGAAGACCGCUUAAUCGGAUCGCACGAUCUGUCCCGCCAGUCCGGCAAAGCUUACUUCUAUCUUGUGAAACCGCAUACCUCCAGCAACCGGCGUGUCCUCGUUCCCCUCACCGCGGACCAACAGUUGUCCACAUGUUUACAGAACCGCGUCGUUUUCGAGUUCCCAACCAUCCAGAUCCUCUCCACGCCACCGGAGUCGCUCCCGCCCCAAUUCCAGCUCGAUAGUGACUAUCUCGAGCAGGAGCGCAGGGAGCAGCUGGAACUCGGAGAGCUGCUGGCGUUGGUCAAGCCACUGGACGGCAUGCCGAUCGAUGGUGAUGUGAAGACCGAAACCGGUACGACCAGCAUCGCCGGCCUCGAUGAUAAGAAGAUCUUGGAGGUGCUACGGCGGGACCUGGGGACCCGUUUCUAGUGUGGCACUGAGGCAUGCUGCUGUCAGGCGUGUAACGGUGGUGAGUGGAUGCAAACGCACCUAGAUGACGUACAGUUGCAGCACCGCAUCCACACAUCACGGUCAUGUGGUUGACGAUACCGAUUGCACUGCAGCUUUUACCGCGCAGUUGCAUGAUAAGUACAUGUACUUGUGGUUGAUGAACAGCUGUACAUCUAAGCGACAGAGGUCCAGCCACGCCAUGGUUUGUGGCGAGCUGGAGUAUGCGAUAGCCGCUGCUUUGAGCUGGCUGGUGUGUUGGCGUAGCGCGAUCGGCCCUGC